ACGAGUUUCAUUCCACCCACUCCCCACACUUCCUCUCCCAGCGUUUUUCCUCCUCUUUGUAUGAGUUACCAUCUCCGGCGCCGGUGAUCGGCGUUGAAAUCUUACACCUUCGUUCCUUCAUCUACACGGCUGAGAUACGAGUUGGGAAACAAAAACCCUAGUUCGCUUCUUCUCUAACGAUCUUCCUCGAAUCUUUGAAUACACAGGAGGAGACAAUGCAAUCACGAAACGUCAAUUAUACCACUAGAUGUGCUCCGUCAAAGUUUUUUGAUUUUAUGAAUGAAGUAAAACUAAAAGAUGAGCAUAUUAAAGCAAUAGCAGAUACCCCCUUUAAAGAAUUUAUGCGUUUCCCAAGGUUGCCAGUUCAACGCACAUUUCUAAACAGUAUUCUUGAUAGAUGGGAUAAUGCAAGUAGUUGUUUCAUCCUUGGAGGAAAGAGGGUCUUUAUUAAACCCCAAGACAUUGUUGUAAUAUUGGGGUUGAGUAUGAGAGGAGAAUAUAUAGAUUUAAAGAAGAAAUUGGAUGAUUGUGAUAAACAAUUAAAAGACAAGUAUUUUCCAAAUGUUCUUCUUUCGAGAAAUUUGAUGGAGGAGAAUAUUAAGAAGUUGUUGGAACAAAGUUUGGAAGAGUCUUUAACUGACUUUACCAAACUUUUCAUUUUAUAUAUAUUCAAUACAAUUCUAUUUCCAAAUGCUAGUCAAACAACUCCUAAAUUCCUAUUGCACUAUGUGAAUAACUUGGAAAAAAUGCAUAGUUAUGCAUGGGCAACUGCUGUUUACGAGUUUUUGGUUAGAAGUAUUUCUGAAGGUGCGAAGAAAAAGAAGGGAUACGUGAAUGGAUGUGUCAUGAUUUUGGAACCAUGGUUACGUGAGCACAUUAUUCUUCAGCCAGGGUUAACAACCAAAAUGGUGUAUCCACGUUUGUUGAGAUGGGUCGGAAACAAUUAUCAACAAGCUGGCACACAUAAAAAAUACAUAAAUAGUCUCAUCCACACUCAGGUUACCGAAGAUAUAACGCUUACAAACGAGGAGAAAAUCCUACUACCUCCUGAUAAAUCAAACAUGGUUGAAGAAAUACGUCGGUAUUUGGAACCUGUACUUUUAAGGAUUGAAGAGAAAAUUGACACAAUGUUGGUUCUACCUACCCAACUGCAAAAGCUAAGAUCAGAAGAGAAGUAGGGAAGAGAAGGCCACAGCAAAAGCUGCUCGGAUGAAAUCAACAGCUGAUACUGACACCUCCUCAAGCUCCAGUGAAUCAAGAGAAUGCAAAUGCAAAGAGGCGGUCAACGCGAGCCGCCUGAGAAGCAUCGCCGCAGCGAAAGCCGCUCUGAUGGAAUCAGUGGCUGAUACUGACACCUCCUCGAGCUCCACUGAAUCUAGCGAAAGCGAGUGCGAGGAUUUGGUCAACAUGAGCUGCCUGAGCAGCACAUCUAUCGCAUGACUCAAAACAGAUCAGCCACAAGCAAUUCUAGCAGAUGCAUCAACAUCCACUUCAAGUGUAUCCACCCAAUAACAUAAGAUGGAAGAGGCGAUCGGAAACUGCAUUUUUUGAACUUUUUGGUAAGAAUGUAGUUAUGUUAAUAGCAGCAGUAGUAGAAACAGCAUAGUAGUAAGAACAUCAGCAGAGAGGAUUGAGGUUUUCCUGGGGGGAAAGUGCAAGAAAUCAGGGGUCCUGUAGUUGUUGGAUUAAUUCAAGAGGGCACGUGUCAAGGGAGCUGUUGUUGGUGCAAGUGCAUGGACAGUCCAGAGACAGACUGAUUGUGCAAGUUCUGAAUAUCUCAGAUGGAAACAUUGUUGACGAUACGACGACUAAUCCUCUAUGCAUAGGUGUUGGUUUAGAGGAUGUGGAUAUAAUUUUGGCUUAAUUUCUUUUGGGCGGGUGUGUAUCUGUUGGCAGCAGCUUGAAUUAGCUUUUUCUCCUCAGAUACUGCUCUUGUUUGAAAUUAAAACCUAUGCUUGGAUUGGAAGAAAGAAGUGGGCUUUGUUGUUGAUCAUGGGUUUAAGACUCAGCAACUAAGAUCAACUUGUUCAGUCCUGGUCGAGUUGCGACUUGGCUAACUUAUCCCCUAUUUUCAGUUCGGACUAUUAGUUCUGCUUAACUCGAGUCUUCUGAGUCUUAAAGCCUUGAUACAAAUGUAAAUACUAAAACGUGUAUUCAUCAAUGGAUAUGAUUGGGUUUGUUAGAA